CCCUCCUGAACCCCUGAAAGCCACCCCCUGAAAACAACAAACUAGGGUCAGAUUAAGCGAAGGUUAGCGUGUCAAUUUCCCCUCUUUGACACGACACCUCGUGUUGUUCUCGCGUCCUCCUAAAUAAUCGCAGGUUUUCAUAAUUCGGAUACUUCAACUUCACAGUCUUCAAUCAACAACAUCGCAAUCAUGGCGCCACCGAACUUCCCCAAUGGCUUGGACCUCUAUUCUAUCGGUUUUGUCACCCUUAAUUACCCAGAAUUGGCUCCAGGAAUCCCAGUCCCACUUGGCAAUAUCGUCGGUGCCCUUCAGCACCAACCUAUGUCAGCACAGAACCACCAGGUUUCUCAGAUUGCUUCUCAAUAUAUCGAUGCUUUAAUUGCCUAUCAAGUCAGCGACGAGCCAUGUCUCAAAGACAAGUCUUCUCCUCAAUACUACCUCUCGAAUGCUCUCCUACUCCUCAACUAUCUCACCAGCAAUCCCGACGUCUGCAAGCGUAUCGCCCAACACCCCACCCUCACUAACGACCUGAUCGAGAAGAUCAUCUCUCCUGACUUCCACGAUGGCAUGCGAGAUGUCGUCAGACCUGCUCUUGGCUCAUUCCCCCCCGCCGGAUUCGCAGAAGAUUUCGGCAGCGUCCUUCAAUUCCUAUCGACUAUGCUUCUUUACCAGGCUGAGAUGCCAUCUUUGCACCCACGGAUCAAGGAAAUAAUCCCUAAGUUGAAGGAAUGGAAGAAGGAAUAUAAGAAUAGUCAUGUCAAGACUAUCAGGAACGUGUGUGACCGCAUGGUGGGGCAGAUCAAUGGCAUGGAUCCGGAGAUGAUCACGAUGAUGCGGAAGUUUCAGGAGGAGGCUUUGGUAUGUGGCGUGGCCUCUUGUGGUGUGAAGGGCGCGACUGGCUUGACGGUUUGCGCCUCUUGCAAGAUCCAGCGGUAUUGCGGACGGGAUCACCAGAAGGCUGAUUGGAAAUAUCACAAGCAUAUUUGCUCCAAGGGCCUGGUGGAACCUGGACAGUAGGUGCUAAUAGCGUUCUUGGACCGAGGUUCUAGUUUGUACUGGCGCGGAUGUGAGUAUAUGGAGUUGACGCCACUACAGUUCUGGCUGAUUUAUGUUUGAAGUUUUAGAGAAACUGUAUAGUGAUGUGACGGAAAUUCGUUCUAUCUCAAUAUGUGGAAAAGCGGGAGCUGGCUCGUUACAUUUUGGGUAGCAUCUUCUUCGUACAAACAUUUUUCGGUUCCACAUUUUGUCCCCGGCAGCAUCCCUCAGCAAGGGCCAGUACUUUUGAACGUUUGAUGGCACUACAAGGAUUACAUAUUCAUCUUUUUGCACAUGCAGCCUAACAGUUCCGGUUAAGCCCUUGCAAUUAGAUACUGCUGCCUCCUUCUCCGGGUACCAGGCCACACUGUGGCAUUGGAAAUCUGAAGACAGCGACCCUUAGCUUUCUACUUUAAAACAUAGUUGCCAAUGGCACUUCAGAGGAGAAUAAAGGUGGUCGCA